GUUUAAGCUCGCGCUGAUGUUGCCUGAUCCGCGGGGGUGGGGUAUUUAGUCGGUGUCAGACAACAAUCAGCCAACAGACACCUGUCUGUUUCACGGCAAGAACGACUACUAAUCCCAUUCCAUCGCCCUUGUUCCACUCCGCGGGCAUUAGAUCCCAUGCAUCAGAGUGUGCUGUCCUCAAGUACAGACAGUCUGGAAAGAGUCAUUGAUCUCCCUGGAUCGCUUCCUUUUUGCCGAAAACAUGCUCUGGGUCAUUCCUUGUCUGCUGGAACCCCCGUAGGAUGGGCGGUCCCAAAAUGGCCGGUUACAUGUAAGCGCUCUGGGCGUGAAGAAACCAACUUCGAGGCUUCUAGGCUGCGCAGGCUGUCAGUCUGCCUUGCAGAGCGGAUCAUACGUGUUUCCCCAGCACAAUUCGUACAACCACCAAGAGCCGGGGGCCAACCAGAGCGAAGCUCCCAGCGUGGAGCAGAUCUUAUUAUCAAUAUCGGGGAGACAUACUCUAUCAUGUCUGCCCUUUUGCUACCCCCACCCAUAGUCACGGUUGACAUCAGCUUCAGGUUGCUUUUUCUGCAAGCUGAUCCUUCAGCCCGUUGCUGGUCGGGUGCCUGUGCAAUGAACGUACGCGGAGUAUAUCUGCUGCUAAUUUGCCUACAUUCCGAGACUGCCAUUCGCGCACCUGUUGUGCAUUGCCCCCGGCAAGUUGAGUCAUGACGUGCUAGAGGCAGGAAUGUUAACAAUACUACCCCGAUAGCCUGAUUUCGUCAACUCAGCCGGGCAAUCCACACGGCA